ACCCCACCCGAUUAGACCUUCCCUAUUCUGCCUGUUGUAUUACAGAACCCAAACUGAAAAUAAACUUCAUUUAAACUAAAACGACCCUUCAAGUCCGUGAAACACGCCGAACUCAUCAAAAUCAGAUCUUUCGCAUGAAGGGUCUCCUCCGCUCUUUUCCGAGGGUCGGUAGUGUUAGAUUUUAUGCAGUGUUUGGCGGCAAGGACUUGAAGAUAGAAGGGGUUAAGGAUGUUAUAGCUGUUGCUUCUGGUAAAGGCGGUGUUGGCAAAUCCACCACUGCAGUUAAUUUGGCUGUUGCACUUGCUAACAAGUGCAAAUUAAAGGUGGGUUUGCUUGAUGCUGAUGUGUAUGGACCGUCGGUUCCAAUCAUGAUGAAUAUCCAUCAAAAGCCUGAAGUCACUCAAGAUAUGAAGAUGGUUCCAAUUGAUAAAUAUGGAGUUAAGUGUAUGUCAAUUGGAUUUCUUGUACCGGAAAACAGCCCAAUUGUGUGGAGAGCUCCCAUGGUAAUGAGUGCUCUUCGUAAAAUGUCAAAAGAAGUUGAUUGGGGAAAUCUUGACAUUCUUGUGAUUGAUAUGCCCCCUGGAACUGGUGAUGCUCAGUUAACUACUACCCAGAUGCUGCAAUUAUCAGGUGCAGUGAUUGUCUCAACUCCACAAGAUGUUGCAUUAAUAGAUGCUCGUAGAGGAAUUGCAAUGUUCUCUAAAGUUUCAGUUCCCAUACUGGGGCUAGUAGAGAACAUGAGCUGUUUUGUAUGUCCACACUGUAGUGAGCCUUCCUUCAUUUUCGGGAAUGGAGGAACACGAAAGGCAGCUACUGAAAUGGGCCUGAAAGUUAUUGGUGAGAUACCACUAGAAAUGGAUAUCCGAAAAGGUUCAGAUGAUGGUGUCCCCAUACUAGUAUCAUCACCUGAUUCUGCUGUCUCCAAAGCAUACAAUGAAGUGGCUGUUAAUGUGGUCAAAAGACUCCAGGAAGUGGCGUAAGAACGAUAACUUCAAUCCAGAGACUAAUUCUGGUCACCUUGCCAGGAAAGAGAGGAACGCUGUCAUUAGAAUUACAAUUUUGUUGUCUUAAGAUGUCGGACAUCAUGGAACACAGUCAAGGUUUACAGCCAGAUGUCUUUGUUCCAUUGCAUACUGUCUAUUUAAGCAUGUGCAACCUUAAGGGAGUUUUUUUUUUUUUUUAAUUAUAAUUGAGGGGGAUUCUUGUAAUUAACCCAUUAGAUAAUAAUAUGACAUUAUUUCUUUUCUUA